UACGCUUGUUAUUCGUUAAUAUAAUAUAGAAUGCCCACAUGUCUGUGAUAGAAGCGCUUAUGAUAUUGUAUGCUAAAGAAGUAGCUAGUUGUGAACGUAUUUCAACAGCAAUAAAUAGAAUAACGGGGGGAUCAUUGCCAAAAGAAGUACAAAAUCAUGAGACUGCACUACUUUAUGGGCUUUCACAUGUAUGUGCGGCUUUAAAGCAACGCAUCGAUAAAGAAACUGAAAAUGGUGCAACUAACGAAAACGGUGCGCGAUUACAAUCUCCAGACAUUUCACCUGUACGCGACUAUAUUGAUCUAUGCGAUGGCGUAUCUUUAGCCUAUUUAAUUUCAUAUUAUUGCCCAAAUAUUGUACCAUGGACAAGUGUGCGGUUGAAUUAUAUGCCAACGGUUGAAGAUUCCAUUUUCAAUAUUCUUUUAGUUAGUAAUUUUUCACAGAAACAUUUGCCAUAUUCUGUAUUUCAUAUGACACCACAAGAUGUAACAUAUAUGCGAAGAUCUAUGAAACAAAAUCUAGUUGUUCUUUUAGCUGAUUUAUUCAAUUUAUUUAAAAUCCAUCCAGCCAAAUGUGUUGCAUAUCCUGGUAUGGACCAGCAACCUUCAA